GUCUACGUGGUGAGGUUUGCAAUCGUCAAUUCGGUUGUGCACUUAUCACCAUGGUUGAGACCCGUAGUGGGAAGAGCACUAGCCCCUACACCCAGGAACAGCAAGAGAAGAUGGCCGCCUUAGUGAGAGAAAAUAAAGAAAGGAAGGAGCUCCUGAAGCAGGCGAAGUUGAAAGCAAUCGCAGAGGAGUACGCGGCGAAAAUGAACAAACUGAAGGAGGAGAUGGAGGAGAAGAAAAAGGCUGCCGAGGUCGAAGCAGCAGCAGAGGCAGAAGAGGAGAGAAAACGCAGGGAAGUAAAAGGGGAGAGUAGUGGCACGGCGAACAAGGAGGCAGCGAUGCAGAAGAAGAAUAGUGAGUGGAUUGCUAACUUAUCAUUGGGGGAAGACGAGGAGGCAGAGAUGUAUGUGCCACAGGAUGAGAGGGACGCGUUAGCCAGGGAGCUAGCGACAAUCAAGGACCCCCUGGAACGGCAAGAAACAGAGGAGGAGAAAAAGUUGGAGUGGAAACUGAGGAUGAAGAGGGAAAAGAAGAGGAGGGAGGAAGUUAAUAGGUUGACCGCGGAGGUGGCAAAGGUGAGAGACUGUGGACAAGAGGUGCAGGCGCAGACAGAUAUUUCUGCCAAAAUGGAUAAGAUGCUAGGGUACUUGGAAGUGUUGAGUGAGGCUUGGAUGAAGGAGCGCCAAGCCAACUGGGAUCACGAUGUGGCCCUGAGCGCCAUGUGGUCAGGAUUCCGCGAUUUCGCGCGCGAUAUGGUCACCCACGUUGGGGGCGAAGUUAGGCGGCUAAGAGACAACGUGGGGAAGUUUUGUGAGGGCGCCAUCGAGAGUGCCAAAGCAGUUGUCGUUGUUGAGAGUGAGGCCAGGCCCCGUAAGGAGCCCGUCAAGCUUAAGUUCCCAGACGCCUAUGGCGGGAAGAAAGAGGAAAACUUUGAUAACUGGGAGGCGAGCGUAAAUAGUUAAAUAUACUUACAGCACAUCCUGACUGAGGAACAAGUCCUCGUCGCCUUCCAGGCCCUCAAAGAUGAAGUGGCCAGCUUUGCCAGAUC